AUUUGGUGUUUGGCACUGGACUGUCUUCAUAAUGGGUUUGAAAAUUUACAGCAAUCCAACAUUCAUCUACUCAUCUAGUUAUAGAGUUGGUGAUUUUGUAGAUUGGGAGCUGGAGAGAGAGUAUGAGAAGUUGCAUUUUGUGAAGCAGGAAAAAUAUAAAAAUUUAGAAGUGUUUUUCCAUACUCAGCCGAGCCACCACCACGACGAGCGUACUGCCACGACGAGCUCAGCCGAGCCACCACCACCGCAGACGACUCCGACGACCCAUCCACCAGUUAGAUCAUUCUCUCUCUCUCGUGUACACACACAGACACACAGAAGCGAGAGAGAGAGUGAGAGAUGGCGACAGCAUCAUUUAGGUGGCUACUACAGCUACACAAGGACGUACCCAAAGCUGCUCGGUUCUACUCAGAGGGGUUGGAUUUCACCGUCAAUGUUUGCACUCUCCGAUGGGCGGAGCUCCAAUCCGGCCCUCUCAAACUCGGCCUUAUGCAAUCCAACAAUGACCAUGCCAUGCAGAAUGGAUACUCUUCACUUCUAUCAUUCACAGUGACUGACAUUAACAGCACAGUGACAAAAUUGAUGGCAUUAGGAGCUGAACUAGAUGGUCCCAUCAAAUAUGAGAUCCAUGGAAAGGUUGCAGCCAUGCAAGGUCUUGAUGGCCACGUGUUAGGCCUCUAUGAACCGGUUUAAGUGCCUUAAAGAAACGAGUUCCUUCUGAUUCUAGCAAAGGAAGUAGGCAGCGAAGAGCUUUAUUGUGGCAUCUUGAACUCUUUUGAUGUCAUGGUGAAGAUAUGAGAAGCUUCUACUUUCUUUGGAUUCCCUUCAAUAAUUGAUAGUGUUUGUUCAUCCAGAUCUAUUACAGCCGUACAUGGUGUGCAGAGUGUUGGACCUGAGAAUAUGGCAUAAAGGGUAGUCAAGAGAGUAUUCAGACAAGGUAUUUGGAUAUUCUUCAGAUUACCUGUCAUGUAGAUGGGGUAUUCUGUGUCAUCCAUAUCUCCCAGAAGUGACAGGAAUUCGUUUCUUGAUCCUUUUGGUAGCAGAGCUGAUUUUAUUGCCUGCUUAUGGAUUUCUCAUCCUGUACCUUUACACAUGACCCAUGAUUCAAAUUUUCAAUUGAAGUUGACUAACUUGACAAAUUAAACAUAUGUUUGGUUCAA